AUGAUCACCUUGCUCGCCGUGGCGGUCGCGGUGUCUGUGUCCUCUGCCCCACCUACCGCACCACCGCAGUCGGCGAUGUCCCUCACCUCGUUUAUCGCGCCGGCGGGUCGCGCCGGCGGGUCCUGCGUUAACGUCAAGACGGGAGGCCGCACUCGGGCCGCCCUCCCCAGCCACGUCACCUGGGACGCGAGCGAGGCCGCCUGCCAGGAGCAGUGCCUCGGGCUGAAGUGGUGCACUGGAUACGAAUACCAGAUCUUUACCCGACUGCGCGGCCGCACGCGCUGCAUCCUGCAGCGGCUCCCCAUCAAGCAGGCCGUGCCGGCGACCGCCUUUGACGCCAUCUGCAAGAGCAAGAUAAAGGUGAGAAACGUCCGGCUGCCCGCCGCCUCCCCACCGCCGUCGCCGCCCUUCCCGCCCGGCCUCGCCCCCACGCCGCCGCCUCUGCCGCCGCCCUAUCCGCCCGGCAAGGCACCGACGCCGCCCCCGCAAGGCUCCCCGCCCGCCGCCCUCUCCGCCGCCGCCGCCGUUGCGCCCGCCGAGCCCGCCGCCUCCGUCACCGCCCCCACCGAGCCCACCUCCACCGUCGCCGCCGCCGCCGUCGCCGCCGCCUCCAUCGCCGCCGCCGCCGUCACCGCCGCCGCCCUCCCCGCCGCCGCCGAGCCCGCCGCCACCGAGCCCGCCGCCACCAUCUCCGCCGCCGCCGUCACCACCGCCGCCCUCGCCGCCGCCGCCCUCACCGCCGCCCCCCUCUCCGCCACCGCCGUCACCGCCGUCACCGCCACCGCCGAGCCCGCCGCCUCCGUCACCGCCCCCACCGAGCCCACCGCCACCGUCGCCGCCGCCGCCGUCACCGCCGCCGCUGAGCCCGCCGAGUCCGCCUCCCAGCCCUCCACUGCCGUGCAGCGUGGACCGAGUGACUUCGAGAAGUCACUCUUCAAAGCGUUCACACGAGGCAUCGCGACCGUGUCUUGCGCCGAUCUUUAA